AGUGGCAGACUGUGCUGGAUGUGGUGUUGUCCAGCUGGUCAAAACACUCCCAAAAAUCAUCAAUUUUUUUGGUUCCGUGUCCAUAAUGGCAGCGACCCCAUGGACGGUAAGUCGCUCUGGUCGCAGGGUGUUCCGAGUGCUGACCCUGGCGGGAGCGACCAGCAGCUUCCUCAUCUACUACCUCCCGAACACAUACUUUCUUCGGAGGUACAGAGAAGUCACUCAGUUAUACAGGAAGGGGUUUGAAGUGCCUGUGUCUGAUCGCGUUACCUCACUGGUCAGUGAGGUCAUGGACGAUCUGGGUAUCUCCAAGUCAGAGCGAAAGCUUGUGUCAACCUACAUGUGUUAUGGUUUUGAACCUUUCCAUGCGGGCACUACGAUGCUGAUGACCGGGGGGAUUCUAGGUGUCCCGGUCAAUUUUAAUUAUCGCACAGUCGAUGAGUUUGUCCAAACCAACGUAACUGUCAACAACAACCCAGUUCCCUGGAGCACCUCUGAGGGAAUCUCGCUCAAGCAGUCGCUCAGUCUCAGUGAUGAUGCAAAAAAAUUCGCCAUUGCUCGGGAGAUUACGAGUCUGUCUACUGCUCAGCCUUUUCUGCUGGGUGCAGUGUCUGCAGUGGUAGUGGGCUUUGUGUACUCUGUAAGCUCCACAGUCAAUGCUAAGUUAAACUUGUAUGCCAGACCUCGGUCUCUAAGACUGGUCUGGUAUGGGUUAGUCUCCAUGUUUGGGCUUGUCUUCUGGACGUUAUGUAAAGACAUGUCUACAGUCGAGUAUGAGAUCAAUGCUGAUAAGGCCGUAGCUAGCAUUAGCAACAAGUACGCUGUUGGAGGGUUGGAGUACUACGAGAAAGUUCUGCAGAGAAACGUCGCUCUACGAGCACUCAUGGGAAGCGACGGAGAAAAGGUUUACACCGUGUACGGCAAUGAUCAGGUGCUAGUGCGGACCAAACACCUGCCGUUCACCCUGCGACGGGACUACAUGAAGACACAGCUCGAGGAGUACAAGAAGGUUAAAGAAGACACUCCGAUUCCAGUGUCUGGAGAUAGUGAAGCAGUGAACACUUCCUGAGGGAGGUAUAUAUGACGAGAACAGCUCUUGGAGGUAUAUAUGCUGAGAAUGUUCUGGGGGCAUGUAUACUGAGAAUGGCUCUUGGAGGUAUAUAUGACAAAAACAGUUCUCAGAGGCAUUUAUACCCAGAAAUAGUUCUUGGAGGCAUAUAUGUUGAGAAUGCUUCUUAAAGUCAUAUAUACCAAGACUGAUUCUUGAUGAGGUUAGGUACGUACAUCCAAAAGUAUUACUUGGCAUAACAUAUAUUCCUGGAGGAAUAUACAUUAUACCAAGCAUGGUUCUUAAUAGAGAUGUAUACACCAAGAACUGCUCUCAUAAUGUAAAUAACUCGCCAUGAAACUUCCCAUAAUAGUUUUGUGUUUUUCAACACAACGGCCGUCUCCCACCAAGGCAAGGUGACCCAAAAACGAAGGAACUCCUGUUUGAUGAUUGUAAUAUAGAGGACAAGGGGUUACUAGCUCCUUCUCUUGUAUAAAUUCUUCUUUCAGCAAACUGGCCUUAUCCCACCGAGGCAGGGCGACCCAAAAAGUAAAAAUGAAAUACCAAAAUAAAACGAUAAAAUAAAGUCUUUACAAAAAUGUGGUUAAUAUUCAGUAGUAAAGUUUGACUUACGUCCAUUUCGACUUACGACCAGUUGGUCGGAACCAAACUCGGUCGUAAGUCGGAUGGUACCUGUAUUACUAAACACUACAGUUUAUACUCUUUACUAUAAAUUUAUUCUGUAUAAAAACAUAAGGAAUCUUUAUCUUUGAUAUAUCUACAUAUUUUAUAUACAUAGUCACAAAACAUCAAAUAAGUAAAAAGUAACAUCAUAAUAACCCUAAUGUCUCAGUGUCACAUGUCACUGUCAUCUUCGAGUGUCUUACGGCACUACCAAUCCCAGUGUCAUGACGCCUACUUCUCUGUGUCACUAGACACCCUUAUCUCUGUGUACUGACGCUCCUUCUCUACCAUGUCACACGACACCCUUUUCUCCGCGUCAUACACGCCUUCACUACCGUGACACACGACACUGCAUUAUCCCCUUGUCAUAACACUCCUUCUCUGUAUUUCCUUUUCUUCGCAGCAUCUAACACUUCAACACUCCGAGUUACAUGACCCUUUACUUGUGUGCCGUGUCACCUGACACUCACUGGGUUACCACACCCUGAACUAUACUUCUGUGUCCGUGUCACCUGACACACAGUGCUCACGGGGUACAACACACACCCUGGCUUUCCACAGUACUUGUCUGUCACCUGACACAACGCUCACCGGUUACAAUACCCUGACUCAUACUUCUGUCCGUGUCACAUGACACGCUCACCGGGUUACACACCCUGGUGUUCCACAUCCGUCCUCUACAGAGACCUACAUGUCCCAGAGGUCCACAGAAGCCUAAGUCACCAGGUAUCUGGUCCAAGGCAGUCUGGUGAACACACAACAGCCAGUAGAUGCACACCAUGAGGCAGUCUGGUGAACACAAUCACCAGCAGGUGUAGAGUCCGCUGAAUACUCAGUCAGGCCAGCUCACCAGCAAGUGUAUUCAGUAAAAUCUGGUGAACACUGAAAGGCCAGCCACCAGCAGGUGUAGAAUCUGCUGAAUACUGACAAAGGCCAUCACCAGCAGGUGUAGUCCAUGAGAGUCUGGCAAAUACUCUCUUCAGGUGUACUCCGUGAGGAAGUCUAGUGACUACUGACAUUCAGUUGUACUCCGUGAGGAAGUCUAGUGACUACUGACAUUCAGGUGUACUCCGUGAGGAAGUCUGGUGACUACUGACAUUCAGGUGUACUCCGUGAGGAAGUCUGGUGACUACUGACAUUCAGGUGUACUCCGUGAGGAAGUCUAGUGACUACUGACAUUCAGGUGUACUCCGUGAGGAAGUCUGGUGACUACUGACAUUCACCAGCAGGUGUAUUCUGUGAGAGUCUGGCAAAUACUAACAUUCAGGCCAGCUCAGAAGCCCCCACAUUGGGUCUGAUGACAUACAUCGUGGUACCGCUGGCCGGCAGGUCAACUACCCAACCCCCAGUGUGGUAAGAGGCCGCAACACCAAGGCACGAAUUGCUGUGUGACAGUGGAACAAAUUUAUUAUUUUGUAAGGGAAGUGGAGAAGAAGCCUUCCUGCGUAGGUCAUGCGUGUCAUACAAGGAGAGUAGAUUUCUUCUUUUCUUGGGUCACCCUGUCUCAGUGAGAGACAGCCGUUGCAUUAAAAAAUGAUACUGUUUUGUAAGUCUUGCUGUAUACUGUAUAUACAGUACAAUAUAUAGCAGUACAGUGGACCCCCGGUUUACGAUCAGCUCCCAAUGCGACCAAUUAUAUAAGUGUAUUUAUGUAAGUGCAUUUGUACAUGUAUGUUUGGGGUCUGAAAUGGACUAAUCUAAUUCACAAUAUUCCUUAUGGGAACAAAUUCGUUCAGUAAUGGCACCUGAACAUACUUCUGGAAUGAAAUAAUGUCGUAAACCGGGGGUCCACUGUACUUAUAUUGUUGGUAAAGUAUUGUAUAUAACACUCAGUCUUGUUGAUGGUUGUUGUAUGGCAAGUCUUCAACUUUAAUAAAAGUUAAAAUAUAUUAUUUUCAA